ACUGGUUUUGGCAUUCACGUUUCACUAGCAUUGUGCCCUUGAAGAGCUGAUGUGGCUGUAGAAACUCUCUUGCUUACAAUUGUUGGUUUUGAAAACAUUUUUGGUUUGGCUUUCUUGUAGUUGUUUGCUUAUAGCUCCUUUUUUCUUGAGAAGAUGGCCUUUCUAAUGAAAAGUAUGUUGAGCAACCAGGUAAAGAAUUUGGGACUUGGAGGUGGAGGGGAAGAAAACAAAGAAGAAAGCACUCCUUCUGAUCCAGCAGCAGCUGCAGGAAUGACCAGAGAGGAGUAUGAGGAAUAUCAAAAGCAAGUGGUUGAGGAGAAGAUGGAAAGAGAUGCAGCAUUUGCACAGAAAAAAGCAGAGCGAGCCUGUCUGAGGGUUCAUCUGAGAGAAAAGUAUAGACUCCCUAAGAGUGAAUUGGAUGAGAAUCAAAUACAGAUGGCUGGAGAUGAUGUGGGUUUGCCAGAAGACCUUCAGAAGAUGGUGGCAGAAGAUCAGGUGGAGGAAGAAGACAAGGACUCUAUCCUGGGACAGCUGCAGAACAUCCAGAAUAUGGACAUGGAUGCGAUCAAAGAAAAGGCACAAGCCACCUUCACCGAAAUGAAACAGGCAGCUGAGCAGAAAUGUUCUGUGAUGUAGAACAGACACCACUAUCCAAGGGUUGUGAAUUCAGCCUUGUCUCACAGGGGCUGUAGAGUGAGGGCAGGCAGAGGAAUGCACUUAGCUCUAUAGCAUUAAAUGUAAAUAUAG